UCAUAGACAAAUACAGUAGUGGCAUGCAUAACGUGCGCGACGAUCCCGAUGUCACAGUCUUAUUUUCAGCUAAUUUCUCGCUAUUGACGUAGAAUCUUGAUUUCCAUCAUCCAUGCAAGCUGCCCAGGCUGUAGACAGAAAUGACACUUGCGUGAAUAGGAAACCACCAUUCGCUCGGAUCCGAUCCGCACAGUAAAAUUUCUUUCUUGAAUUCUUCCCAUCGGCCACCAGGCCAUGCCACUCCACAGGUCAGAGGUUAGCCUGUAGGCCUAAUCAGUAGUAGCGCUUAACUGUAAACAAGCUUGUGCAUGCGGAUAUCGGAUGAACGAGUGGUUUCCAAAACCACGAUAUAGUCAUAGAAAAUAACCAUCUGGAUGUCUUGCUGGGGUUAUCAUUCAUGUACCUUUCCAGCGGACUGAGUUUCUGUCGAAUGAGAAGAACAUCUUGCACCAUGGAUGGAUUCUGCCUUCUCUAUCUGCUCAUGAUCCUCCUGAUGAGAUCUGGUGAUGUUGAAACCAACCCUGGACCAGACAGGAUUGUCAGUGAAAAGGAAUUCUUAAAGCUGUCCAAGCAAAUUGAACCUAGCCACUACCAAGAAGUGGGCAUUAACCUGGACAUCUCCAUUGCAGAGCUUGGGCAAAUCAAGGAACGCAGCCUAAAUACCAGUGAUGCAUUGAUGACAGUCUUCACAAGAUGGAGAGACAAACAGCCUCCAGACACAGACAUCAGGGCUCUUCUUGCAGAGGAAUUAGAAAGAAGUGACUUAGGGUCCCUCUCUGGCGAACUACUUGCUGGCAGUCUAGUCCCAAACAGGACAGGUGCACCUGUUACAAGGCCAGGAUCACAGACCCAAUCACUUUCUCCUGACCUGAUCAAGAGAUGUGCAGAUGAUUUCAAAUUCAAGUACCGGACAGCUUUCUGUAAGAUCAGACAUGAUCCUCUCGACCCUGAUUCCAUUGUACCAUUCACAGACAUGUACACAAACCUUGUCCUGGAAGAGGAAUAUCGGAAAAAACGCAAGCGACCACUUGAGUACAGUGAUCUCUUUAAACUCGAAGUCAAUGGAGAGUUCCCCAAACGGAUCAUGGUUCAGGGAGAGGCUGGGGCUGGAAAGACAACAUUCUGUGCUAAGAUUGCCUGGGACUGGAUAAAUGACAGUCCUGCUGUCCCAAAGUUUGUGUGGGUACUUGUUGUCCCUUUUCGUGAAGCCAAACAAUACACGAUCGGUGAGAUUGCCAAGUCGUAUCUCUCCAAGGACAACCCAGCAACAGCCUGCCAGAUCACUGAGUACAUCCGAUCAAAUCCAACUCAUGUUUUCAUUGCGUUUGAUGGAUUAGAUGAGUUUAAGGGCAAGGUUGUACAGGAAGGGGAAGCUGGUUCAAAGUCUGAAUGUCACCAGCCAAAGUCUGCUGAUCAAACCAAGGCAAGAUCAGAAUCAAAGAUGAACAAGAAUAAGCAGCAAAAGUCAAUGCAGCCAAAGUCAUCAAGUGCCACUUUGCAGCCAAGAGUCAACAGUGCAGAGGCAAGUGGAAGUUCUUCAGAGAGAGGUGACAUUGCACUUACAGACAUUCUUCAUUCAGAUGAACUUGCCACUUGCCCGGUGUUGGUGACAAGUCGCCCAUGGAAGGUCACAGAGAUAAGAGAUAAUGAUAGUCUGAGGAAGCUGUACACUUUCAUUCAUGUGGAAGGUUUUAGCAAGGAGAAUGUGGAGGUUUACAUUCACAAGUACUUUCCUGAAGAUACGGUCAAAGCAGAUCAGCUUAUCCAAUUAACCAAGGACAAUGUCAUCAUAUCUAAGAAUAUGGCCCCGUUUCCUAUCUACAUAGCUAUGCUCUGUCUUAUGUGGAGAGAACUUGGUGACAAAAAACAAGAAAAGUUGAAGUCAUUACAAACUUUUUCUCAAAUAUUUGAUGAAAUGUUUGAAUUCUUGAAGGUGCAUUAUGCUCAGAAAAAUAUCACAGAUUUAGACAGCCCAUCUUUCCAAGCCUAUCGCUCUCAAAUUGAGAAGCUCAUGGAACCAGUUGCCAAAGUUGCUUUCAUCGGGCUACAAGAAAACACCCUUAGUUUCAAAGAAGGUGAUUUUGCACAGUGCUCAGACUCCAUUGAAACAGCUUGCAGAGUAGGGGUGUUGUCUCAGGAGAAAAAUUUGUCAUCUAACCUGUAUGAUAAGAGCAGUAUGUUCCUGCAGUCUACUAUCUUCUUUCCACACAAACUAUUUCAGGAGUACAUAGCUGCGGUCCAUCUUGCUUCCCUGUAUGAAUUGGAUCACAAUGAAUUCAACAGGCUGAUUGAGCAAGUAGUGCUGCCUAGAAAGGAAGAGUUUAGGUAUCUCCUGUACUUCACUGUAUCACGGGACAAAACCAUUGCCAAGCAUGUCAUGAAAUGCAUGUUACAGGGUGGCACCUCAGACAAAAAAAAUAUGAAUUUCUUGGUUGAUGUAUCCUUUGAGAGUCAGGACCUAGACACUGCAGCCUUGUUGAGGGGUAGAAUAUCAUAUCUGACAAUACAGCCAUUAAUGACAGCACACACAAUAGCAGGUUGUAUAUUCACUGGACUAGGUGUACAUAGAGAUGUGAUCGAUCUUGGAGUAAAUGGAGAAUUUGGACCAAUUAUAUCACAUGAUAUGGGGGAGAUUAUAUGCUCUGUGCCCUCUCUAGAGGAAGUUACACUACUUCAAGCUGCCUUGCACAGUGACUUCUAUGCAGUUCUUGCUAAAGAAGGAAACAAGUCCAAGGUCCACACUGUCGUGCUCUAUGACAUUAGCUGUCCAACAUCAGCCUCUUCACAUUACCUAGCGGAUGCUUUGUGUUCCAUGCCAAACCUGACUCACCUGACACUACAGGGAAAGGAUUUCCAGGAGGAGUUCUAUUCUACACUGAAUGCAAAGGCGUCAACCUUACAGGUCCAAUCUGUCGAGCUUGAUGAUGUUAGAUGUCCAACAUCAGCCUCUUCACAUUACCUAGUAGAUGCUUUGUGUUCCAUGCCAAACCUGACUGACCUGAUACUACAUGGAAGGGAUGUCCAGGAGGAGUUCUUUUCUACACUGAAUGCAAAGGCGUCAACCUUACAGGGUUCUUUUCCUCAAAUCAGUAAUGGAAAUUUCAAGUUCAACGGAAAGUACCAAGUAGAUAUCGAUUCAUUCCUGCAGGAGCUCACUGACAGGCGAUUGACGUUACCACCAUCAGACUACCCUCAACAGUAUGUUGGUAAUACAUCAGAUACAUCAGAUACUGUAUGUCAAUUGUCUCAGACAUAUGCAGAAGGUAGCAGCGGUCUGAGCAGGCCUUGUAAGAGGCAAGCUCCUUCUACUCAGUCAAGAGUUCCGCAGGAUGAUCCUGAAAUUCCAGUGAAGCAAUCAAAGAUGGCUCUGGAAUCAGAUGAAAUACUUGACACACUCUCGAAAAAUGUGCCCCAUACGACUUACACAACGCUAUGCAGACAUCUUGGCAUCGGAUUCGCCCAAGCUAACAGCAUCCUAGCCAAGUACAUCAUGGACUACCAGAGAGCUACGAGGGAAUGCUUGGCACAGUGGAAGACAAGGACUGGUGGUAAUAUGGCCCAGCUUAAGACCAUCCUUGUGGAUGCAGAAGUUGGAGAUUUAGUGAAGUAUAUAGAGUAAUCAUGCGAAGCUUCCGACUGGGGCAAUAUGAACUCUUAAACGUGACACUGUGUUUAGGCUUUUAUUCAAAAUCGCAGGUUUAACAAAGGAACCGUGAAAUGACACCUGGCUGAAAUUCUCCCCAGAGAGUGGAGAAGGUGAAAACAUUGUGUGCAGGCAAGCCUGAAAUUGAUGACCAGAGUAAUGACAUUUCUGUAAAGCACUUACAGACAUCAUAGAUGUUUCAAUCAGUUUAUAAAUCUAGAACAUUAUUAGUAGUAUUAUUGAACAAAGUCUGAGGUCUAAAUAGUAAAGUAAACGUUUGUUCGAUUGGACUGAAAAACAAUUCUUUUCUUUUCAAUUCAAUAUUUUUUUUACCACUGUGACGAGCAGCUGGUCAACCAGUUGUGUUACUCAAUAUCCCAAGCUGUAACCCCGAUAAUUAGCAGUUCAGGAAAAAAAAACUAUGAAGGAUGACUUACUGAAGUAUUUUAUUUUUGUCUCACUCAUAAUAAUAAGUUGCAAAAAUGAACAGAAAGCCAGAAUCAGAAAUUUGAGAUCUUGGCUCUGAUCUGGGUCAUGAAGCUUGUUAUCAAUUACAAGUUGCAAUAACUGUUAUAAGCUCCUGAAAUGGUUGCAUUUGAUUGGCUGAGAGCCAAUUUGUCAUAGAAAUGUGACACUUGUUAUUGGUAGGAAGUUUUAUGAAACAGGACCGAGAGUUUCUUUGAGCCAGUUUAUCUGGAAAUGAAAUUCCAUUACAAGGGCCCUCUUGCUUCAACAGUUGCAAUGUCAAACCCGACAUUACUCAAAAAGUAAACACAAUUAAUAAAUACGCGAUCCCAAUUGGUUGAAAAUAUAAUUUUAAUUUCAAUUUUUUUUUUUAUGAAAGAGUCUCCAGAAUGCAAUAUUGACAAUGAGGUUGUUUUGUGAGAUUGUAAUUUUAUUAAGUAUUAACAGUAUUAUGUUGUACUUAACUUAUGCAUUUUGGUCAGGUUCACACAAGUUGCGUAUACACAGUUGGCCCCGAAAGUUUACAUGCACCUGGAAGAAACUCAUUUUACUCAUAUUUUCUCUAGUGCACCCAUUCCUAUCGGGAGUCACUCGUCUCAGAGUGAUUAGUGAUGUAUAUACUAAACGGAGACCAUAUUUGUUGUAUCUUCCUGAAGUGAAAUUUGGCAGGAAUGACUGAAACUGUGAUAAUGUAUAUCUGGCCCAACUGUACAUGUUUGUAUAUGUACAAUUCAGGGAUUAUUCCAGUACUUGAUUUUUUUUGUCUUUGUCUUCUUCUAUUUUUAACUACCAAGUUUUGUGUGCCUUAUGAUUUUGUAUACCGGUAUACUAUAAAUAGAGACAAAAUUGUCGUAUCUUCCUGAAGUAAAAAGUUGGCAGGAAUGAGCGAAACUGUGAUAAUGCAUAUCUGGUCCAACUACAUGUAUGUAUAUCUACAAUUCAGGGAUUAUUCCAGUACUAUUUCAUGUUUUUGUUUUUUCUUUGUCUUCUUCCAUUUUUAACUAUCGGUAGAUGUGUACCAAGUUUGCGUGCCUUAUGCUAUGUAUAAACUAUAAACAGAGAAAGAAUUUGUCUAUCUUUCUGAAGUGAAAAGUUGGCAGGAAUGAGUGAAGUUGUGAUAAUGUAUAGCUGGACCAACUACAUGUAUGUACAUACCACAAUUCAAGGAUUAUUCCAAUACUUAAUAGCAUUGUUGUAUUUUAUCAGGACUCUGAGUAGAUAUGUACCAAGUUUUGUAUGCCUUAUGCUGAAGGCCUGCCUGUAUGAACAAAGUGGUCAUGUGAUUUGAUAUUAGCCUUGAUGCCAAGAGCUACUUGUAUAGGAGGGAAAUAUGCAUUGAAAUCCUGAACUCUGUGACAUGUUGAAUUUGCAAAAAUCACAAUUUUUCAAUACAAACUGGCAUACCAGUGUGUGUUUACUGUACGCCAUACCUCUCAUCAGUGUAUAAAUCAAUAUUCUUUGAAGAUACAUGAUUUUAAUGAGAACAAUGUAGCAAUAAAAGAAUGUUUCCAAUUUCAAGAAGAAAAUCUGAUCACUGUAGUCCAAAUCAUAUGACCAUCAUAUGACCUUAUGGUUUGUAAGUGUACAGCCUUGUAUUUAUGAUAUGCAAAGGAUUCCAAAUUAACUAAAAUUGAAAUGUUAUUACAUCUGAAAUAUGUUCAUAACAAACAUUUUGUGCAUACCAUGUUUAUGUGUACAGAGUAUAUGUCAAAGAUUAAAUUGUUUGUUGUAUUUCUUA